AUGGCAUACGGAGAUGGGCAGCCAGCAAGCCGUCCAAAGAAGAUAUGUUUUGUGACUGUGGGUGCUACCGCAUCUUUUAAUGCCAUGAUCCGAGAGAUCUUACAUCAGGACUUUUUGGCUGCCCUCCGGACAAACAACUACACCAACCUAGUCAUCCAGUACGGCCAGCACGGAGAUGAGCUAUUCCACUCAUUUGUCAAGGAUAAUGAACAUGAAUUGUUUCAGAAUUAUGGCCUGACACUGGCUGGAUUUGACUUUAAUGUCAACGGCCUGAAGGAGGAGAUGUGUGCUGCCAAAGCAGAUCCAGGCUCAAACACGGCCGAAGGUCUUGUCAUCAGCCAUGCCGGGUCUGGAACGAUCCUUGAGGCCCUGCGAUUUGGUCUGCCUCUCAUGGUGGUGCCGAAUCCUAUGUUAAUGCACAACCACCAAGCCGAGUUGGCGAAGGAGCUGGCAUCUGCUAACUAUGUAGUGCAUGGUGAACUUGGAAACCUGGCUGGUGCCCUCCAUGAAGCAGAGAGUCUCCGUGCAAAGCUUCAUUCAUGGCCUCCUAAACAUGCAGAUACGGACCCCAAGGGAUUGGCUUGGGUGAUGGAGGAUGAGCUUGGAUUUCUCGAUUAA